CACCAUACCACAUAAAGAAAUAAUGAGCACUUUUAAAGGGUUUCUAUUUCACGAUCCUAAGAAGGCAGAGAAUUCUACGCAGCAAGAAUCAGACGAGCCGGUAACGGCAACAAGAUUUGAAAAUUCAAAGGGAUCUUUGAAUGUAGAAGCUCUGUCAGAACGAUUCGAGCAAGUAAUGCAAACCAAUAACGACGUUAAUGGUGACCAUUUAAACUCUCUUUCAAACCGACAAGAAGGCUUUAGGAGUUUUAGAACUCCGUUGAUGAACCGUACUUUGGCAGAUAAUCAGGAGGCAAGACGAAAAAAGGCUUUAGAGCUGCAAAAGAAGGUCAGAGAUGAACGUAUUUCACAAGCCAGGCUCAAGGCUUUGGCAGGUGUCUCGGACGAUGAAGAUGAAGAUGAAGACGAAGACGAAGACGAGGGAGAAGAAAAAGAAAAUGGAAAUCAACCUUAUUUUUCCUCCAAAAGAAUGCGAGACUCGGAUGAUGAAAUGGGAGAAAACAAGCUGUUGUGUAUGAGUGAUAAAUACACAGCCAAAAAUAAAGGCAAGGGAAAGAAAAACAAGAAGAAGAAUAAAAAUAAAAAUAAAAACCACAAGUACAAGGCACCAGAAGAGUUCACAGAUCUAGUCAUGUACGCUGAAACAAUGGAAGAUAUUCCAGAGGAUUUGAACACGAGCUGGUCAAUGGUAGUCUGUCCAGUAGGAAAGCGGUGCGUAGUGACAGCUGCUAGAGGAGAGACAAUUGUGCGUUCAAGAAGUGGCCGUAUUAUGAAAAGGUUUCAGUCAACUCUUCCAAACGGAUCCCGGGGCUCCAGAGCAUCUUCAAAUUCUGACUACUGCAUUCUUGAUUGUUUGUAUAAUGUUGAGGGUUGGACAUUUUAUGUUCUAGAUAUUUUGUGUUGGAAGGGAUACUCUAUUGUAGACUGCGAUACCGAAUUCAGGCAUUUUUGGCUUCAAACCAAGCUAGAUCCCAGUGAGCUGGACAGACCUACUUCUGUAAACGGAUUUCACAAAUUCAUACCACUACACCGACUGCCACCUACCGAAUUGCCGAGUUUAUUGGGAAAUGUGAAUGAAUACGUCAAGCAGGUCCUCCAGCGAGAGUAUGCAGUCGAUGGGCUCUUGUUUUAUCACAAUGCAGCAAAGUACACACCAGGAUCGACACCUCUGGUUUGUUGGGCACCCCUCGAUCAACUUGGGAACCUCUUUUUAGGUCAAAGACCUGUAGCCAAUGAUACAGAAAUGAGUUAAUAAUUAUUAUGGUUGGUACCCAGGGUAAAUAAUAGCAGCAAGGAUAGUAAAAGAGAAAGAAAAAAAAAGGUUCACGAUUUUCUUUGCUACAUUAAUUAUAUACCAAUCUAAUGAGUUAAGAUCAUAUCUGUAUUUUCAAACCGAAUAAAACCUAUUUUCUAUCCU